AGAGGAGAAGAAGAAGAGAAACGUGACGCCUCGCCAUAUUACUACUAUUAUAAGAGAGGAGAAGAAGAAGAGAAACGUGACGCCUCGCCAUAUUACUACUAUUAUAAGAGAGGAGAAGAAGAAGAGAAACGUGACGCCUCGCCAUAUUACUACUAUUAUAAGAGAGGAGAAGAAGAAGAGAAACGUGACGCCUCGCCAUAUUACUACUAUUAUAAGAGAGGAGAAGAAGAAGAGAAACGUGACGCCUCGCCAUAUUACUACUAUUAUAAGAGAGGAGAAGAAAAACGUGGCGAUGGAGAAGAGAAACGUGACGCCUCGCCAUAUUACUACUAUUAUAAGAGAGGAGAAGAAAAACGUGGCGAAGGAGAUAAACGUGACGCUUCGCCAUACUACUACUACUAUUAG